AUGGAGAACAAUGCAGCCGAGAUCAUCCUGACCGAGCGUCGCAACGAGAAGCGCAAGUCGGCACCGGAGCUUCGCGAAUACCGACUUGUCUACUGGCUUCGUCUGGUCUUGCGCAUACUAUCGCUCUUGACAUGUGCUUUGAUCUCGUUCAGCCUUAUCGACGCCAUCCGUAAUCAUCGAAAGACCAAGAAUGUCAGGAACCCGUUCCAUGAAGGUAGCGGGAGCAUUCCGGUCUGGCCGGAACAAGAAGGCUUGAAGCUGUAUCCGACGUACGUUCUGUUGGGCGCAGCAAUUGUUGCAGGUUCAUUCAGCCUUGUCUUGGUCAUUGCAAGCUUCACCAAGUCUGUACGAAGAAUGACAAAGAUCGGUAACAUCAGCACGAUAGUUGUGUCUACGAUAUGCCUUGUGUUGUGGGUCACCGUGACUGCAUACUACGGUACAUGGGAUACUUCUGAGACCAAUUGGGACAUGCUUUCCUGGACAUGUACUCAUCGCGACUAUGAGUACAAGGACGUUGACUUCAGCGAGACUUGCACGGAGAUGCGGUUCGCGUUCUGGGCUGGUGUUGGCCUCGCCGGACUGGAGGCAGUGAAUCUCGGAAUCUUCGUUAUCUGGUGGUUGAGGACACGCAGAUCAUUGGGAUAUUCGAAAGUGUAG